UUAUCCCCUCUACACAUAAGAUACUGACUUGGUAUUUUCGUGAUAUAACUGAAAAGAGGGGUGGUUUCCAUUCGACGACACACAACAACUUCAUCUUUCUCUCUCUCUAUUAAAUUCCUCUUCAUGCGUAAUAAACAACAACAACAACAGGGCCAGGAGAGAGAGAGAAGGUUCGAAUCUGCAGUUGAAAAUGAGCAAGUGUGAGCUUUGCAAGGAAACUGCCACAAUACAUUGUGAUUCCGAUGAGGCGAUGCUUUGUUGGAAUUGCGACGCUACGGUUCACUCCGCCAAUUUUCUGGUCGCCAGACAUUUGAGGAAUUUACUAUGUCACGUCUGUCACUCGCCCACGCCGUGGAAUGCUUCCGGUUCCAGCCUCAAUCCAGGGAUCUCCAUCUGUACCAGAUGCUUCACCGGAUGUCAUCCAACUAAGCUCAGAAGAUUUCGCCUACAGAAUGAGUAUAUAGACAAACUACCGAUCCAUGAAGAAGAAGAAGAAGAUCAUGAACUCAUCACUACUACCACCGAAGACGAAGUACCUCCUCCUCCUCCUCUAGAAGAUUCUAGCAGCGAAGGAUCAUCUAAAAGAUUCCGGAAUAGCGAUCGAGCAGAUCACAAUUCGUUGAAACGAAUGAGAGUAAAUAAUCCAGAUCUCAAAUCAGAUGAUGAUGAUGAUGAUGAUUGUACCUCCUCUUGUUUAAGAGGAUUCAAUGAGUUUUCUUCCAGAGCGUUGAAACUUCAAAGAGUGGAGACAUAUAAAGAAGGCUCUAAAUCAAGAGAAACAUCUAUUGAAGAACAACAAAAAGAGUUGAAGAUUGCUCCUGAUCAUGAUGAUGAUGAUCAAGCGCCGGUGACCAAUGACGGCGGUUUCUGGAAGCGUAGGAGGAACGGUGGAACCGUAGAUCUAAUAGAUUCUUCUUCUUGUUAAUUAGGCAUUUUUAUUUUAUUUUAUUUUUCAGUUUAAGACUUA